UGGUAUUCGGUGAACAUAAUUGAGUGAAACUUAAGUUUCUCGUAAAUAUACCUUGUAUUAAUUACUCUAGAUGAUGCAGUUUUUGGUUUCCAAUUGCCAUCUUGUGAUGUAUGUUUUGUUUUGUAUAGUCUCUGUUUUGGAGUUGGGAUGCGCGUCUACACCAUCGCAGCUUCAAUUGGAAGCAAACGCUCUAAUUAAUAGUGGAUGGUGGUGGGAUUUGCCGCAAGAUAUAUGUUCAUUCACCGAUAUAAGUUGCAAUGAUGGUGGAAGUGUAACUCAUAUCACAUAUCCGUAUUCCGAGAAACCCAUUCAAUUAGCAAAUCUAAACCUUUUUGCUUUUAAGAAUUUGGAACGUCUUGAGGUUUCCUUCUGUGGUCUAGAAGGGAUUAUUCCAUCUGAAAUUGGUAGUCUUUCCAAACUUACCUAUCUUGAUUUAUCUCACACUUUUAUUCAUGGAGAGAUACCUUUUACGAUAGGAAAUCUUCUCAAUCUCAAUUAUCUCGAUUUGUCCUACGAUUCUAUUCAUGGUCAGAUACCUCCUUCAAUGGGAAAUCUAAUCAAACUAUCCACCCUAAUACUCUCCAACAACUUCAUUGAAGGUCCUAUUUCUUUUGAAUUCUCAUUCUUUAAGAAUCUUACUAUCAUUGAUCUAUCUUACAACAAAAUCACUGGAACCUUGCCAAUUUCACUUUCAAAACUCAGGAACCUUCAAAAUCUUCACAUUUCGCACAAUCUACUCACCGGUUCUCUAAAACCUUUCUCAGAUGGAUUUUUUCCAUUUUUGGAAAGUCUGGAUCUAAGCUACAAUAGUCUUACCGGAGCGAUUCCUCUGUCCCUACAUAAUGUCCACUACCUGGACCUUUCCUUCAACCGUUUGAAGGGUCCCAUUCCAAACGGUGUACAUCCAUAUGCGCUAAUGGGGAACAAGGGUGUGUGCAGCAACUUUACAAAUGUACAAAAGGAAUACCAUUUCCGGUCUUGUUCAGUCAGCCAGAAGAAACGAAGGCAGCUGGUCAUAAUUCUUUCUAUCACCAUAUUUCUAAUCAUGGUUUUCUUACUACUUCUAUAUCUGAAGCGCAAUCGCAUUGCAAUCAAGAACAAACAAGCAAGAAUAACCGAAAUAUCCAAGAAUGGGGACUUGUUUUGCAUAUGGAACUAUGACGGAAGCAUAGCCUAUGAAGACAUCAUUACUGCAACCGAAGACUUUGACCUCAAAUAUUGUAUCGGAAAAGGUGCUUACGGGAGUGUUUAUAGGGCUCAACUACCAAGCGGCAAGAUUGUUGCGGUGAAAAAACUCCUUGACUUUGAAGCAGAGGUCCACACAUUUGAUGAGAGUUUCAGAAACGAAGCCAAAGUAUUAUCAAAAAUAAAGCACCGACAUAUAGUGAAGCUCCAUGGAUUCUGCUUGCACAAAAGAAUCAUGUUUUUGAUUUAUGAGUACAUGGAGAACGGAAGCUUGUUUUCUGUGUUACUUAAUGACAUGGAAGCAAUGGAAUUGGAUUGGAAAAAGAGGAUUAACGUAGUGAAAGGUACUGCACAUGCUCUUUCAUAUCUUCAUCAUGAUUGUGUCCCUCCUAUAGUCCAUAGAGACGUAUCAACCAGUAACGUGUUGCUUAACUCCAAAUGGGAGCCCACUGUUUCCGACUUUGGCACUGCUCGAUUUCUCAACCUCGAUUCAUCCAAUCGAACUAUUGUUGCAGGAACCAUUGGAUACAUAGCACCUGAGCUUGCGUAUACAAUGGUUGUGAAUGAAAAGUGUGAUGUGUAUAGCUUCGGAGUGGUGGCACUUGAAACUUUGAUGGGAAAACAUCCGAAGGAAAUACUCUCAUCACUUCAUUCAACUUCUGCCGGUGGUGACAUCAAAUUAUGUGAAAUAUUAGACCAACGGCUCUUGCACCCAACAUUUUCAGUUUUACAAGACAUAGUUGUUGUUGCCAUUAUGGCUUUUGCGUGCUUAAAUCCCAAUCCUUUCUCUCGUCCAACAAUGAAACGCAUCUCUCAAUGUUUUCUUAGUCAGCUCACACCAUUCAACAUUCCUUUACAUCAUAUUUCACUACACCAGCUCAUGAGUCAAAAACUCAGGCACUCCUUGAAAUUGUGAACUUUCUGAAAUCUUUUAGCAGAAAUUUAGAUUGCAACAACUUCUAAUGAAGAUUUUUCGCUUGUUUAUCACAUGAAUAGUUAGAAUACUUUUUGAAAUUAUCUUCUUUUAAGUUAAACGAGUUUUCGUUUUAUGUUUCUUAUGAAUUAUAGUACUUCUUAUU